UGCUCUCUCUCUCUCUCUCUCUCUCUCUCUAAAACCUCGAUGGGUUCGCUCGAGACGUCCCUAUAUAGCUUUCCUUGUAUGCGAUUUUCUUCUCUUUUCUCUCUCCCUCUUCUUUCAUGGCCUCCUUUUCCUAUCUCCAUCUCCCCCAAUUCUACCUCUCAGGAUCUUUUGAAUUAGAGUGUAGAGGAAAGCUGAGAGCUAGUGUAUUGUAUACAUCAAGGCUCAUUGAGAAUGAUCAGGAGAAUUAUGGCAUUUCAAGGAGUAGGCUUCCAUUUGUAUCUCUGCCUACUUGUUAUGCGUCUUCAUAUCAAAUUACUCUAUCAAGAUGUUUUAUUUCAAGAGCCUUAUCAUCAACAGUUUCUUCUGCCAAAUCUGAUCAAACCGAUAGUGGGAACGAGCCUCCUGUUGCUCCAGCUCAUUAUCCUGCAAUGGAAUUUAAUCGGGUCAAUUGUCAUGUAUGGGUAUUGCAUGAAUCUGCUAGGAGUUUUUCCCUUGCAAUUCAGACACUUGAAUUGGCUAGAACUGGCCCAGAGCUUUCAAUGGCAUGGAUUGGGGUCGAUGUCCAUGCAUGGCAUAAACAAAUUGCAUAUCAGGUGGCAGUGUAUGCUUUGUUAAAAGCGGCAAUUGAAGUGGAAUUAUUUCUUUCUCAUAAACGUAGCAACAAUCCUUCUGCUGUUCAUGUGAUCUUAACCCCAAAGACAAUCUUUCUGGGGGAAUGUAUUGAAAGUCAGUUGAAUGUAAGGCACCCAAAGUUGGUACAGUGGUUUAGAAUGGUGGAAGUACCACGUAUAGCAGGACUAUUCAUUCCCUUAUUCAAGAAGUGGUCUAUGGAAUAUGCAGGAAGUGGUGUUGCAGGAAUCAUUCUGGCGAUAAGUUGCUGUGCUGCAGUGAGGAAGUUGGGUUCAGGGCGUGUAUCUUGUACUUUAUUCUCAUUAUCUAUUGAGGAUGCAUUGAUAGAGCUCAUGAAUUUCUCACACGAUCUAGUUUCAGUGGAUAAGUUACAUUCCUUAGCAACUGAGGCAGGAUUUGAAGAAGACUUCCUUUUGCAUUUUGGUAAAAAGGUUCUGCCCAGUAAGAACAUUGAAGAAGUAGAAUUUUGGAUUGGUUUGGUUCAGAAAAAACUUUCGACAGCAUUCCGCAGGGAAAGUGUCAUUUCAGGCAAGCAAAUUUUCAGUGACAAGGUACAAGAGAAUAGUUUGGCCACUCUUGGACUUUUUGCAUUUUUGGGAAGAGAGACGAGAUUAUUCUUGUUAAGAAUGGGUAUAAAGGAUCUAGAUGAGCAGGUUAAGGACUUCCUCAGUUACUUGGAAUGCGGCAGCCUCUUUAUUUACCCUGAAUUUUCUUCCCUAUCUGAGUAUCGGCUCUUCAUGGAGGUAGUAACUGUUGAAAUCGGAUGGCUUGACUUUUAUUCUUCAUUUCCUAGCAUAUUCAAUCAAGAGAGAAGAAGGUCCAAACAACGUGCAAUCCAAGCAGAGAAGGAAAUUAUUCUAAAUACUGUUUUUACUGUUUGCUAUGAUGUUUUCUCUGGGUUUGCUCACUUCACCAGUUCAACUCAACAACCGUUGGAUGCAAAUCUGCUUGCAUUUUUACUCCAGAGUCAGAGCCUGCUAUCUAUUUGUCUGGAGGACUACUGGGCUGCUUAUGAUAGAUCAGGUGAGCUGCCAAAAUUUGCAGAAAGAGGUGCCUCUGACUCAUCACCGUCUUCACAAUUGAAAGGCAGAGCAAAUUCAUCUGUAAUAUUGGAAGCAAAUCCAAAGCCAAUCGACUUAAUGAAAAGUGGUGAUCACCAACAUGGAUCUCGACUGAGUAACGCUACCGACCCAGUUGGGUUGGACCCCAUAACCGUAGCAGAGAUGGUGUAUGUUGCUGAAUCAGAGCCCCUACACAAGAGUUUGCUUAGGAAAUCCACCUACACGCUGAUAUCUGCCAGUGCUGAUAUGUGGAUGGGUAGUCAGUUACUUUUUAUAGACAUCUUGGAUACCAUGGGGCUUCUUAUGAAGAAAUUGCGUGGCAACAAGGUUACAAAAAGGGAGAGGAGGAAGAUAGAAAGAACACUUGCUGACAUUGCUUCACUCAUCCCAAUUAUAAUCUUAAUGCUGCUUCCUGUAUCUGCUGUUGGGCAUGCAGCCAUGUUAGCAGCAAUCCAGAAGUACAUGCCACGCUUGAUCCCCACUCCAUAUUCACCUGAACGGCUGGAUAUUGUGAAACAACUAGAGAGAACUAAGAAGAUGAAAAUUCAGUUGCAGAUCAACACUGACGAUGCUUCCUCUAUACUUUUCUGAGUAAUUUUUCCAAGAUAAUCGAUAUUUCUAGUUGGUAUUAUUGCAAAGUGACUGCACUUCCUUGCAAUGACCCGAAACUCUGCUAUGGAAAUAUAGGUUGAUGCACAUGUAUAUAUAUACAUUGAAGUGCAAUGUAAUCUGUUAUUUUAAUGUAUAGUUUUAUUUCCCAUUUCUCUUUUUGAUGAAGCAUGUAGAGGUAAGCUUGGUGGUACAUGAGGUUCUUGGAUCAUCACUACCCAAUGUGGCACAACAUACACCCUGAUAUUUUUUUUUCGUUUUUCUUUUCUUGUGUAUAUAUAUGUAACGUAUUGAUGUUUUAAUUUGUCAUUUUGUUGUCA